CUCGAUAAUUUCAUCAUAUUUUAUUUGUAAAUGAAAAACUUGUUUGGUGUUGGGUUGUUGGUUUUAUGCGAGGGUUUUAUAUUCGUGGGGCGAUGACAAUCAAAACAAGCAGACGAAAAAAACGUGGAAUUUGGCAGCAAAUUUCUUGAAAGUUCUCAACAUCAAUUAAUUUGUCUUUGUCACACUCGAAACAUUGGCUGUAUAUUUUACGUAAUGGCUGCUUCGCCAAUAAUGAGGAUACCAUGUAAAGUAGCGGAAUUGUCUUUGGAUAUUUCGCUCAACUGCGGUCAAAGUUUCAGAUGGAAGAAACGACCUAGCGGAGAGUGGGCUGGUGUUUUGGCAGGAUAUUUGUGGCUAAUGAAUCAGGAUGAGGCUGGCUUGAAUUACCGUGUUGUGACUCCUGUCGUUCAAUCUGAAGCGUCACCGUCAGAAUCCUUGCCAGCCAAAAAGGCAGAAAUGAAGGAAUGUAUUGAUUAUGAGCACAUGGUGAAAGAUUACUUUCAGUUGGAUAUUGAUUUAGAAAGUCUCUACAGGCAGUGGUCUCUAGCAGAUGCUAAUUUUGAUAAGGUGGCCAAGAAUUUCGUAGGGGUACGCAUGCUGAAACAAGAUCCAGUGGAAAACUUGUUUGCCUUCAUUUGCUCAUCCAACAACAAUAUUCAAAGGAUAACGGGAAUGGUAGAAAAGCUGUGCGAAACGUACGGAAACCAUCUGCUGACAUACGAGGAUGUGGCCUAUUAUACAUUUCCAUCAAUUGAAUCGCUAGCCGAAGAAAAAGUCGAAUCCAAGUUGCGAACACUUGGCUUUGGUUAUCGAGCCAAGUUCAUUCAACAAUCGGCAGCCAAGAUAAUGAAAAACGGUGGGCGUGAUUGGCUAUUGAAUUUAAGAACAGUUUCAUAUCUGGAAGCGAAAUCAUCCUUGAUGACUCUACCAGGUAUAGGUGCCAAGGUGGCAGAUUGCAUCUGCUUAAUGUCGCUGAAUCACAGUGUUGCCAUACCGGUUGACACGCACGUCUUUCAAAUAGCCAAGGCCAACUACGUGCCGCACCUGAGCCAAACGAAAAGUGUGACUGAUAAGGUCUACAAUGAGAUCAGCGCUCACUUUCAAUCCCUUUUUGGAACGUACGCUGGAUGGGCACAUUCGCUGUUUCUGUGUUUUAAACAAGGUUCUUUUCAGUGCCGAUUUACGUCAUCUGAGAGUGCCACCGCCCGUCGCCAAGAAAAGAAAUGCUACCGACGUGACCAAAGAGAAGCCGGCCCUUGGCCGUGCGCAAAGAAAGAAGAAAUGACGAUCUUUUUUUUUUUUUUUUUUUUUUUUAUAGAGGCACAUCUCUUUGUGUUAAUUUAAAAAAAAAGUGGAUGUUUUGCAUUCAUAAAACGAAAAGUAUUUUGUCAAAGAAAAUUGGCUUUGAUUGAUGAUGCGGUUACACAGACUCACGCGCAUUAAACAACAAAAAAAGUUGGUGAUUAAUAGACUUAUCACGCCUGA